GUAACGUACAAAUGGCUAAGUUACACCCUGGGAGUUCACGUCAACCAGGCCAAGCAGAUGUUGUACGAUUACGUCGAAAGGAAACGAAAGGAGAAUUCGGGAGCUCAGCUUCACGUCACCUAUUUAGUAGCAGGAAAUCUGAUUCAGAAUGGACAUACGUGCCACAAGGUUGCAGUAGUGAGAGAGGAUCAGCUGGAAGCAAUGAAGGCGAAACUAGCCACGCUGGCCAGCGUGCACGUCUACAGCAUUCAGAAAGCCUUGCUCAAGGACAGCGGGCCGCUUUACAACACGGAUUAUGAUAUUGUCAAAACAAACCUGCACAACUGCAGCAAGUUUAGUGCCAUCCACUGCGCCGCCGCGCCUAAGGGCAUCAUGGGGAUGUUCUCAGCAAAAGCGGCCGCCAAACCCCCCAGCACGACGAAGGAACCGAAAGCAGAGGCGAAGGAGGCCCCGGGUGUGUCUACGGCGAGCAGCAAACCACCAGCAAAGGUCAACGUCAUGACCAAUUUCUUUGGAAAAGCUGCUAUGAAUAAACUCAAAGUCAAUUCUGUACCUGAGCAGCCAAAGGAAGAAAAAGAAGCAGUCAAACCUUCAAGUCCUGCAGCAGAACCAGAAUCAUCCCCCAGCACCACAGCAGAGAAACCUGGGAGGAAAACAGAGUCUGCUAAAAUUCAGCAAAAGGACAAAAAAAGUAAGGUGAAGAGGGUGGACAAGUCUGGUGAUGAGGAGGAGCGAGAGCCUGAAAAUCUAAAGAAAAAGAGGAGGCGAAUCAAGCAGCUCCAGUCUGACAGCAGCGAUGACGAAGAUGUCCCACCACCUUCCACACCAGAGGAAGAGAAGCCACCGUCUCCACCUCCUGUACCUGCCCUGAAGACUGAGGUGGAGCCUCUAUCCACUGAGGUUUCAGCUGGAGGGAAGAAGAGGAAAAGGAAGCGUGUGCUGAAAUCCAAGAUGUUUAUUGAUGAAGAAGAAGGCUGCAUGGUGACAGAGAAGGUUUACGAGACCGAAUCCUGCACAGACAGUGAGGAUGACUUUGCCAAGGCCAAACCAGCUGCCCCCAGGCAACCCGCGCCCGCCGUCAAGAAGGAACCAAAGGAGGAAAAGAAGAACCCAAAGAAGGGGGCAGCCACUGCCACCAAGGCCAACAAACAGGUCUCCAUCAUGGGUUUCUUUCAGAAGAAAUGAACUGGCUCCUUCCCCUGCCCCCUU